AUGGAAAUGGAACUGCCUCGAGGACCUUCUUCAGACUCGCAAGCUCUUAAAACGCGCUCGUUGGAUGAAGUUUUGGGGGUAGAGGCGAUCGAUUUUGGAUUGGAGAAUGAGGUUCUCACUCCAAAAUCGUCAUUGAAGCAGCUUCAAGUUCAAUCAGAGGUUCGACAUUCUUUUAAUGAGUUCAUGGAGGUCUUACAUGGAUCGCAUAGUCAAGCUCGCUCAGGUGCUCGUUCUAAUGUCGAUGUGGGUAUGAUCUCUGUUCCUAUUUUACAGCCUUUUGAUGAUGAAAUAGUAGUUGAUAAUAAUUUUGAUGAGGAAUCUGUAUUAGCUGAGGAUACUAUAGCACCAGUUCAAAUCGAAUUGGAUGAUAUUCAAAGUGAGAUUGAUUUUUGGAACUCUGCUGUUGUUUGCUAUAUUGUGGGUGCCAAUCCCCUAAUUAAUGUGAUGGAUGGUUUUGUUAGGAGGAUUUGGGGUAGUCUGAAAGUGGAUAAGGUGGUGCUGGUAAAAAAGGGAGUGUAUCUGGUGAGAUUUUUAUCCAUGGAAUCGAGAGAUAAGGUGCUUAAGGGUCACUAUUUUUUUGAUAAUAAGCCAUUGAUUGUGAAACCUUGGGAUCAGGAUGUUGAUAUGGAAAAGGAGGUGGUGCAGGUUGUUCCAAUUUGGAUUCAGUUGAAGCUGAAUUUUAAAUACUGGAGUGAGAAAGCCAUUUUCAAGAUAGUGAGUCAAUUGGGGAAACCUAUAAAGAGAGACUAUGCUACAACCUGUAGGGAUAAAAUCCAGUUUGCUAGAGUAAUUGUUGAAGUUCCAAUGGCAGAAUCUUUACCUGAUCACAUAUAUUUCAUGAAUGAACAUGGAGAGAAGAUUAAGGUAGAAUUGAGGUAUGAGUGGAAACCAAACUUAUGUACUAAAUGUAAUAUGGUGGGGCAUGUUGAAACAGAUUGUAGACAGGGUAAAAGCAGGAAAGUAUGGGUUCAGAAACAGAAGCAAGGGGAUGCUCAACCUCAACAAGUGGUGAAGCCAGUUAUUGAGGUGGAUCAAGAGGGAUUUCAAAGAGCAUUGAGGCCUAUUAGGGUUAGAGUUGAUUCUGUGGAGCCAACACAUGUUACAAAUCCUUUUGAUAUUCUGCAGAAUGAGGGCAUGGCUGAAAAUGCUGAUACUAUGCCAAGUGGAGAAGAUGAAGUGAGAAGGUUCAUUCAACAGUUUGAUAUUGGGUUGGUUGGGCUCCUUGAACACAAGGUGAAGGGUACCAAUCUUGGUAAACUUUAUCAAAGAGUGUUUACAAACUGGUGUUUUACUGGGAAUGUUAGUUUCCAUAAUGGUGGCAGGAUUGUAGUUGCUUGGAAACCAAGCAGUUUUACUGUAAAUAUACUAGCUGUUACAGCUCAAUUCAUUCAUUGCCAUGUCAUCCCUAUGAGUGGUAAAUAUGGAUUUUAUUGUACUUUUGUGUAUGCUUUCAAUGAGAGUAGGCAGAGAUUGGAGUUAUGGAGAGAUUUAAAGAGUUUGAACACACAGGAACCUUGGAUCAUGUGUGGUGAUUUCAACUGUGUCAUGACUAGUGAGGAAAGAAUUGGUGCUCCUGAUUGUUGUAUGGAAGAUGUGAAGUGUGUGGGGAAUAUGUUCACCUGGAAUAAUAAGCAGCAGGGUAGUGCUAGAGUAUUCUCUAAGCUGGAUAGGGUGUUGGCUAACCCAGCUUGGCAGAAUGUUUAUAAGGAUGCAGAGGUGUGUUUUAUGAGUGAAGGUGAGUUUGAUCACUCCCCUGGACUUCUCACUGUGUAUCCAAGGGUUGCAAGUGGAAGGAAGCCACUCAGAUACUUCACAAUGUGGAAGACAGCUCCAACUUUUAAUAACAUCAUUCAGGAUGUAUGGAUUGAACAGAUUGUUGGAAGCAAGAUGUAUGUGCUAGUCUCUAAAUUAAAGAAGAUUAAAUCUGCUUUGAAGGAACUCAAUAAAACUGGUUUCACUGAUAUCCAAGCUGCUGAUAUUAAAGCUCAUCAAGUAUUGAUGGAGGCUCAGAAAGCUAUGCACUCUAAUCCUACUGAUUUAGAGUUAGCUGAACUGGAAUUACAAGCAAUUAAGGAGUAUAAAAAGCAUCAUCAGGUGUACAUGGAUUUCUUAAAACAAAAAGCCAAGCUAGAUUGGAUUAAAGCUGGAGAUGAAAACACUGCAUUGUUUCAUCAGAGUAUCAAGUCCAGAAUUGUGCAAAAUCAGGUUUACAGCAUUCAUGAUAUGCAUGGGAAAUGGCAAGAUACAACUGAUACAGUUUCUGGUGCUUUCUUGGAUUACUAUAUGAAGCUGCUUGGCACCACUCAAGUUGACAGGAAGCCUGUGUUUAAGGAGAUUGUGUUGAGUGGCCCUGUGAUUACAAAUCAACACAGAACAAUUCUUACUGCUGCUUACACUAAAGAUGAAGUGAAGAAUGCUUUGUUUUCUAUUCCAGGUACUAAAGCUCCUGGUCCAGAUGGCUUUGGUUCUUUUUUCUACAGGGAUGCUUGGCACAUUGUUGGUGAUGAGGUAAUUAAUGUUGUCCUUGAUGUUCUGAAUAGUGGUAAACUGUUAAAGGAGAUUAAUCACACAGUAAUUACCUUAAUUCCAAAAACAAAGUGUCCAAAAAAUGUGAGUGAGUUUAGGCCUAUUUCAUGUUGUAAUACUCUGUAUAAGUGUGUUACUAAGGUGCUGUGUGGGAGGUUAAGACAAGUGUUACCAGAUUUGAUUUUUGAGAAUCAAGGAGGGUUUGUGCAUGGAAGGUACAUUGUCCACAGUAUCAUGGUAAUUCAGGAUCUGGUUAGGCAUUAUGGAAGGAAGUCAAUUAAGCCAAGCUGCUUGUUAAAAGUUGAUCUACAGAAGGCUUAUGAUACAGUUGAUUGGUGUUUUCUUCAAGAGAUGUUGGAGAUUUUAGGUUUUCCUGAUAAAUUUCUGAAGUUGGUGAUGACUUGUGUCACAACUCCCAUGUUUUCUUUUAUGAUUAAUGGAUCCAUGCAUGGUUUCUUUAAAUCAAAGAGAGGUUUGAGACAAGGUGACCCUAUGUCACCACUGUUGUUUGUUAUAUGCAUGGAAUAUCUAUCCAGAAUUCUGCAUAAGUUGACUGAGUUGCCUCAAUUUCAAUACCAUCCCAGGUGUAAAGAUCUUAAUCUCACUCAUCUUUGUUUUGCUGAUGACCUCAUCUUGUGCUGUAAAGGAGAUUACCCCUCCAUUUACUCUCUUCUUCAAGCUUUUGCCCUGUUUUCAAAGUCAUCUGGUCUGCUGGCUAAUAAAAGUAAAUCUGCUGUUUAUUGCCAUGGCAUGGCUGAUACUGAUGUAACAAGAGUGGUGGAAGCUUCUGGAUUUAUUAGGAGUGCUCUACCUUUCAAGUAUCUAGGGGUACCUAUUUGUUCUAAAAAGAUCUCUGCAGGCCAAUGUGAUGUUUUAGUGGAUAAUAUGACAGCAAGCUAG